AUGCACGUUCUCAUCACCGGCGGUGCCGGUUUCAUCGGCCAACUGCUGGCCAAGGAACUGCUCAACGACUCUACCUACCGCGUUACUCUAACCGACAUCAAUCAACCUCCGAUUCCCAAGGGUGUUCGCUAUCCUGAAAAUGCAACUGCAAUCAAGUCAGAUCUUCUCACUGGUGCCAAGGAGGUUGUCACCGCCUCCCUCGAUGCAGUAUACGCCUUCCACGGCAUCAUGUCAUCCGGGCAUGAGCGUGAACAUCGAUGCGACUCGCAAUCUUCUCGAGGAAUUACGGCACACUUGCCCGGGGUGCGAGUCAUCUACUCUUCCAGCCAGGCUGUCUACGGUCAACCCCUACCAGAAAUCGUAACUGACAGCGUCAUUCCUACCCCCGAAUCCUCCUACGGCGCCGAGAAGAUUGUCUGUGAGACCCUGGUCAACGAAUAUACCCGCCGCAAGUUCAUUACUGGAUUUACUCUGCGAUUCCCUACUAUAUCUGUUCGCCCUGGCGCCCCUACCGCCGCCGCUUCAUCUUUCCUCUCGGGCAUGAUUCGCGAACCUCUUGAUGGCAAGGAGUGCGUUAUUCCUAUCGAAGAUCGGGCCUUUAAGUCAUGGCUCUGCUCGCCGAAGACUUUAGUGAGCAACCUCAUUCAUACACUUAGUCUACCUGCGGAGUCUGUACCCCCGCAUAUCCGCCAGGUCAACGUACCUGGUAUUUGUGCCACCGUCCAGGAUAUGAUGGAUGCACUGGAAGCUGUGGGCGGCAAGGACAAGCUUUCUCUGCUUCAAGAAAAGGAGGAUCCAGCAUUGAUCCCCAUCUUGAAGUCUUGGCCUACACAGUUUGACAAUACCCAGGCUAUCUCUCUGGGAUUCAAACGCGAUGAAUCGUUUGAACAGGCCGUGCGUGACUAUAAGCAGCAACACGAGCAGUCAUGA